CAUGGCGGUGGCGGAGGAGCGGCCCGGGCGCGGGGAGCAGCCGCUCGGCCCCUGCGGCGGCUCCGGCUCCUUCAGCCCCUCGGUGCUGGGCACCAGAGAGCACUGGGAUGCUGCAUACGAAAGAGAACUGCAGACUUUUCAGGACAUUGGAGAUGCUGGGGAAAUAUGGUUUGGAGAAGAAAGCAUGGAACGCAUCAUCAAGUGGUUGGAAAAACAAAAGGUCCCUUUGGACAGCUCUGUGCUUGACAUUGGAACUGGAAACGGAGUUUUACUGAUCGAAUUGGCAAAGUCUGGCUAUGUGAAUCUCACUGGGAUUGAUUACUCUGCUUCUGCAAUACAGCUGUCAGAAAAAGUAAGGGAGAAAGAAGGGAUGCCUAACAUUAAAUUAAAGGUAGAAGACUUCCUGGCUCCAUCAGCUGAGCUGUCAGGAUUUGAGAUUUGUAUUGACAAGGGGACUUUUGAUGCCAUCAGCCUUAAUCCUGAUAACGCGGCGGGCAAGAGGAAGCAGUACGUGAGAUCCCUCUGCAGUGUCUUGAAACCAGAGGGCUUUUUCCUCAUAACAUCUUGCAACUGGACCAAGGAGGAGCUGCUGAACGAGUUUGGAGAAGGGUUUGAAAUUCUGGAGGAGCUGCCAACACCCAAGUUUUGCUUUGGAGGAAGAAUUGGAAACAGUGUAACAGCAUUGGUUUUCCAAAGGAAAAAAGUGAGGCCAUCCAUCUUGGGCAAAUUAGAUUAGAGGAGAAAAGUCUGAACUUUAAACCUGACAGAAACCUCAGACACGUGUGUAAAUAAAUGCUGUUUGAGUACACAGUAAAAUACUAUGUAUGGAACUCCAGGGGACUAUAAAACAUCGCCCUAGAAACAUUUCAGCUUUGCAUUACUUGCCUGUAAAUUUUGUCCUUGCUACAACCUUGCUUGUUCUAAGAAAGCUGCGAGUUCAUGAGAGAGAAAUAAGGCAUUCUGGGUACAGAGGCUACUGUAACUGAGUGAUACUUGUGUUUGAAACAUAAAAGAUGGUCUGGCAUUUAA